UCAUUCAUGCUGAGGCGUUGCAGGGGAUCCAAGGCCGUCUUGAGGAUACCGCAGCUCUUAUUCAUCCACGGAAAAGAGUUGAAAUAACCCAGGAGUCGACAAUGGAGACCGUACGUUCAUGUUCCGCGAAGAGAACCGUGUGCCGGUCGGCCCGCGCUGACGGUUCUCCCUGUGCCCAAACGGCGGUAGCCCGGCGUCGCGAGCCCGCAGUGGUCGCUCAAAUCUCAGCCUGAGAAUCCCUCGCGUUGCCCGCCUCCGUAAGACGAGCACAUCCGGGAUGCUGAAGCUGUGACCUUCCCUCAGUCCCUCCGCCGGGGACCGGACCCGCAUUAGGAGCAUCCCCUGGAGCUGCAUGGACACGCAAAGGCAGCAUCCGCGGCCGUGACGCGCCGCCUGCCCGGGAUGCUAGCAAGGAGGAAGUGUCUCUGACAUGAAGACGAGGCUGGUGUGUCCUCUGGCUGCUGCGCUGACAUUGUCCCCUGCACGCUGACUCCACCGUGCCGACAUCGUCAUGUACGCGGCUGGCCGUGUGGAGCUCCAGCCCCGGGGAUGACACCCAGCCAAGUACCGGCGGGCCGGCGCGGGGCCACCUUCCCCGGGUUGUGACCGCACACUUGCUAGCAGCUAGGCGGCUAAUUGGAGCAGAUACACCGAGCCCGAUGUUGUCCCACAAGGUUCUAGUGGCCAUCCUCUUGUUGAACGUCUACGUGGGCGUGCAGUCCGUCUACUAUUUCUUCGGCGGCGUGCUCCUGGCGGUCGUCUUCGCCAUGGCGUUUUUAAAUGGACCGCGGCUGCUGGACUGGGCCAGUUCACCUCCCUAUCUUCAGUUCAACAAGUAUGUUCUGACCGGGUACCGGCCCGUUUCCUCCGUGCAGGACUGCAUCAGAAGCCUCUUCUACUUGCACAACGAGCUGGGGAACAUCUACACUCAUGGCAUCCCUUUGCUUUGCUUCCUGGUGCUGCUGCCACUCAACAUCCCCUGGUCCCAGAUCAGCGUGACGUGGCUGGGUGUGGUGCACUUCCUGGCUUGCCUGUCGCCCCAGCUGGGCUCGGUGCUCUACCACCUCUUCAUGAACCACGAGGGAGGCGAGCCGGUCUACCACACCCUCCUCAAACUGGACGUGUGCGGGAUAUGCAUGAUCAACACGCUGGGGGCGCUGCCGAUCCUCUACAGCACGCUGUUGUGCUACCCGCUGAUCCGCAUGGUGGCGCUGGCGGUCUACAUCCUGCUCUCCAGCCACGCCAUCUACUGCGCCGUCACGGCCCGCAGCAGCGUGCGGCGCCUGCGCUCCUUCGCCUGGCAGGCGCUCUUCCGCUUCUCCUUCUUCCUGAUGCGCUGGGUGGGUGUGGGCGGCGGCAGCCCCAACUCGCUGCGCCACUUCCUCACCAUGGACGCGCUGGCCGUGCUGGGCGGCAUCAUCAACAUCGCCCGCAUCCCCGAGCGCUUCCGCCCGGGCCUCUUUGACUACUGGUGCAACAGCCACCAGAUCAUGCAUGUGCUGGUGGUGGGCUCCAUCCUCUACCUGCACUGGGGGGUGCUGGACGACCUGCUGUGGAUCAACAGCUACAACUGUCCCUCGGACUGACCCCGCAGCAGAGAGGGGUGAGCUAGCAUGCAAAUCACGCCUCUCUCUGUGGAUGUUCUCACACGUAGAAGACACUGUAAACUUUUACUGCGGAAGUUAGUGUUAGUAGAUGGGGGGGUUCAGUGUUGUGACCUAUGCAGCGUGUCCAAAUCAUGCAUCAGCACACUCCCCCCAAAGCCGCUUCACUUUAUAGAACACGGCCACGUUUUGGAUUUGUAGUUCGAAGUCCGCAGAUGCACAUGAUUUCAAACAUUUUCAUAUUUUCUGUCCAUCACAGUACGCCAGAUUUCCACAAAGGGUCUAAAUGGCUGGUCGAUGCAAUUUGCUAACUUUCCCACUAGGCGGAGAAACUACAGUGGAACCUCGAAGCUCAAUCGCGCGGCUUCUGACCUCCCCUCACCAAUCACAAGAGGAGGCUGGGGAAUAUGAACGCUUUAGCCAAGAGGAGAAGGAGGCAAAUUCACCCUGGCCUGUAUACCACCGGGGGCUGGGCGAUAUGACUGAAAACUGUAUCACGAUAAGUGUUUUAUAUCGGUCGAUAUCGAUAAUUAUUUAUGUUUUAGCGAAAAUUAGGACCGGGAUAAAAAUAGAUAAAAUUCAACAUCUUUAUUUCAAAUGUAACUUUCCUCUGGUUAUAAUCCUCUCAGCUAUCAAGGCAGAAAGAAAAGGAAAAACACAAAAUUUACACACAUUUGUAAAAUCACGUUGAACACUUAACAAUAACGUCGUAAAAUUAAGGUGCAAAAAUAAGCAAUAUGUAAGAAAGUGCAACAAAAUACUGCAACGUGUGAAAAUGUAAACAUAGAGAAACAGUUAACCGAGGUGGCUCGGUUAGUAUAGCGGCCGUACCAGCAUAUUGAGGGUUCCAGGUUCAAUCCUAGUCACAGCUGUUGUGUCCUUGGGCAAGACACUUCACCCCGCUGCUCCCAGUGCCGCCCACACUGGUUUAAAUGUGACUUGGAUAAAGGGUUUCACUAUGUAAAGCGCCUUGAGUCACUAGAGAAAAGCGAUACAUAAAUACAUUUCACUUCAGAAACCCGAGAACUAUUUUUUGCAGGUUUAGUGCCAGGAAAUUACAGCUGUGCUCUAACCGGUCUUGUUUGAGACGAGCACCUUGCAUCAUUCACAGACCACAUUGGUCUGACUACGGUCCCUUUGGAAAAAAAACAACCAAAACUGCUAUGCUGUUGCGGUGACUUUUCCCCUUUUAUCCACAAUUUCUUCAUUUUUACUUUCACUUCCCACUCCAUGCAAAUAAUUAAGAGCGAGACAACAAGAUGGCGCAACCAAACGUGAUAGUUGACACUGUUACCUGAUUGACUGUUAGCGUGUCACUCCCACUGAUCAGUGAUCCCUUCCGCCGUUGCUCAGUUACCAGAGAGCGAGUGCCUUUGUCCAUGCAACCAACCUUGCUUUGCAACUUCCGCCUUUUUACGACAAAAAAAAAAAUGUAUAGAACGUUUUAUCCAACUCCUUUUUUAUUCAUAUCGAUUACGUCUAUCAUGGAAUAUAUUGAUAUUGUUUUAUCGCCCGGCCUUAAUGUAGUCCAAUUAACUUACUAUAGGGCCUCACUAGGAUCCAGUAUCUUUUUAAAAACCCCUGGAAUGAGAAAAAUAGGAUAUAUUAGCAUUCAAUGCUACCAUACAAGUGUAAAAAGAAGUGAAGCCGUUUUCAAAGAUUCUUACUGCUGUGAAUGUGAGUCCACUUAAGCCUGGAUUAUAGUCUGCAACGCUGUCUGGAUCCUGCCAUAGAUCUAAACUAUUUAUCUUAUAAGCUUCCUUUGUCAUGAGGGAACGGCUAAUCGACGCAUUAGAACAGUCGCUUUUAUUGCAAAUCUUGAUUCCAAAAGGCAUACGCAAAGUUGGGCGUGCACCGUCUGAACCAGCAAUAGUGUUAAAAAUCAGAACGAUCAGUCUUUUUACCACGUCGUUGUGAUAUCACGUUUGCUUUUGUUUGCUGGUCACGUCACGGAGAAGAGAGUUUUUGCCCCACUGAGAUUUGUUGUGGCUUAAAACUGCUACUUGGUGGAAUCCAGGUUACGGGUGUUCCGCUUUAGAGGUUCCACUGUACGCUGCGGUGAUGCAUUGUGGUGAUCUACCACCAUGCAUAUCCAAUGGAUUUGUAUGCAUCAUAUUUUAUUCAUGUUCUCGGGUCAUUGAAUGGAUUGCAACUGGACUGUUCAGUUUGCCUUGGAAGGCGUUCCACUUCUCAUCACCUCAUGCUUACAGAGUUGGACAGGACAGAUCUCGUCCUCGCGCUCGGUGCCGGAUCCAAAAGUAUUUACCGUAAUUUCCGGACUAUUGAGCGCACCAGUAUAAAAAGCCGCACCCACUGAAUUUUAGAAGAUUUUUUUUUUUUCCAGCCUAUAUGCCGAAGAUAUAUGUUUGUUUACAUACUUACUUGUUAUAAAACGGCACCUGUAACACGGCAGUAAAACGGCUGAUCAAACAAAACAGAAGUCAUCGUCAUGGACCCACUAGCUGCGGAAGCUAGCUCUCCAAUAAGCUGAACAGAUUCAAUUAGUCCACAGUUUUGGUGAAUUUACGAAACUGAAACAAUACAAAAAUAAUGCCAUUGUCAGUUAAUAACACUAACAAAUACACUCGUAAAUGUGUUAGCAUAUUAGCUCAUGCUAACGACGCUAGCAUUAUUACAUUACGAUAGCAUGUACAAAUAUGCAUGAAAACAGUCCAAAAGACAUCCCACAUGGGACGGUUUAGUAAACAAGGUUUGUUUUAGUUCUAUUGUAAAACUUACAAACGUUGCACAGACUGAUGAAUGAAGAGUAGGAAUGCUACAGACGGCUAGAAGACGGAACGGCUCUUCUACUUCCGGUUGAAAGCUCAGUCUAAACAGAUGGGCAAUGCUAAUACUUAUAUAGCCCUCAAAGGGCUGCGCAAACCACAACGAUCCCACAUCAGGGCAAGAAAAAACUAAACCCAAUGGGAACAACGAGAACCCUUGGAAGGGACCGCAGAUGUGGGGUGACCGGUGCAAUGGAUGCUGAGUGCAUAUGGUUAAUAAUGUGAGAGUUCAGUCCAAACGGAGGCCAGCAGGGGGAAAAUGGUGCCAUAGGAAAAACAAUAACUAUUCAGUGUCUAUGCUUGUUUUUUUUUUUUUUAACUAUUCGCAUUAUGGCAGUCAGCGAAGAAAAAUCCAUAAAUUAGCCGCACCGUAUUUUUAAGCUGCAGGGUUCAAAACGUAGGAAAAAAGUAGCGACAAGGACAAGACUGGUUUCGGUCGGAAUGCCCCCCCACAACCCAUACCCCUCCCCUUUAGACUUGAUCUGUCCUAUCCAACUAAGUCUGUGAGCAUGAAUUGAUGAAGCCUGCUUGGAGGAGAAGCAGAAUAUAUUCCAAGACAACCUGAACACUUCAGUUGCAAUCCAUUCAAUAACAACUUUAUGUUUUUGCUACCUUUACUGAACUUUCGGAAAUCUCCAGUGGGGUUGUGUAUCAUUCCUUCUUUAGCUUUUUCAAGACCAAAAGAAUGGUUAACGACCGUUUUUUUAAUUCAUAAUUUUUAAAAAAAAGUUGUAAAACAAAAAAAUUAAUGUUUAGUUAUUUUAUAUAUAUUAUUAAAAUAUAAGGACGAAAAAUAAGCGCCUAAACAUAUUUUUUGCUUUUUAAUACGUGGUUUUAAGUGGGCUUGAACUUGCAGGUAAACAAAGGUAGAAGAAGACAAAAGACUGUACUACGAUUUAAGUCUUUGUUUUUCCAUCUUAACCAGGCCAAACUUUGAAGAUACAGAAUAUGCGUUUUUAAAAAGCUGAAUAACUAUGUAUCCAAUCUGGUACUUUUUUUGGCAGUGACCGAAUCCCGCUGAUUCCCGUAACAUCCAAAGCGGCCAUGUUUCGGUACCUGGGUUGCGGAUGACGUCACGUCCGGUUGCAGACUUAAGAAGCAAUCACUUGUAAUUUUCUAUGCCAACAAAGCAAGCAUGCCUAAAAAAAGCACUUAAAAAUAAGGCUUCAAAUUUUAAAAUGUAUUAGCUGGUUCCCAAUUGACAUUGGAUAUGCCAUAUACAUGCUACUGAUUAACAUUUGCGGUUUUACAUGGCGAUUUCAAUAUCACCAAAUUUGGUAGCGAAAACUACAAAUAAGAUGCACAUUACAAUCAAACGGUCGGUGUAUAAUAAGUACAAUACUUACAGUAUAAGCACUUUAUGAAGGACUCAACAAAAUACAAGAAUGGCACAUUCAACUUGAUGGCAAAGACUACAUCCUGACUACAGUAACACACUAUACAUGGGUACCGAUUCUGGUACUUUUUUGGCACCGACUUAAUCGUGCCGGUUCUACCAGGCACCGAUUCAUGUAAAAUCCAACGGUGCCAUGUUUUGGUACUUGGGUCGCGCGUGACCUCACGCCUGGUUGCUGACUCAGCUGUUGUUUUUUUUGCACUUGGCGAUCACUCCAGCGGCACUGAGAGCGUACUCAGCUAAACUACCUCUGGUUAAUGUUGCAAUUUUCAAUGCUAAACAAGGCUCCACUUUUCCAAGAAUGCGCUAGCUUGAUGCUAAUGUACAUUGGCUUGGCUGAUGACAUGCUACUACUUAGCAUUAGUGAUUUUACAUUACAAUGUAAACACUUCCAAAUUUGUUAAUGAAAACUACAACUAAUAUGCACGUUGCAAUUACGUGCGUAACAAGUACAACACUUAAAGCAUUAACACUUUUUAGGGCGCAACAUAAACAAAACACCAUGAAUCUGCCAUCUUGCAUCUUGGACUUGCAACUGUUAUGCAACUUAAUAUAAUAUUUGCAAAUGAGACUCAGAAAUGUGUUAAUAAAACACGAUAUAACAACUGGACAGCAGUUCCAUUUUUAGAUGUUGCAAGAAACCUUUAGAUUUUAUCAUCAAAAAAAAGGUACAGAAAAUUGAUAUCGUUGAAUCCAUUCCCAGGUACCGGGAAUUGGUACGGAAUUAGUUGAUAUGUAAUACGUGGACUUGUUUACAUGCAAGUCCACGUAAGACUACUUCCGGGUAAACUUGGCGCUUGACUUCGAUUUGGAAAAAGUAUGUUUAUACGCUUGUUAUCCAUCUUUUUCAUAUAUAUUUUUUUAAAUAAUGUACGUAUCAUUAGAAAAAAAACUUUAUUUUUGGUUUAAAAAAGCAGGUCGUUAUCCAUUUGUUAUGUUUUAAAUGAAAAACCAAAUGAAGGAGUGCUACAUGGCAUACCGCAUGACCAUAGAUCCACAAGGUAGUAUUUAGAGGGCUGCUCACCUUUUCAGGUUUUGUCCUUCUUUAAAUUGUCAACUAAAGAUUUAAAAAAAAAAAGUAUAUUCUCUGUUCAAACAGCCAUCAUCACGCUGUUCUUGCCAAAUUAGCAUGUAAAUGCUAACACUUUGAUUUGUUGACAUCCCAGAUGCAUGAGAGUAGCAGUUAGCUUGUCGUUAGCCGUCACUCAUUCUCUGCUCUUAAAGGGCUCAGAGUGGACCGUCCCGUCCAUACACGUAGUGUAAAUAUAUAAUCACGUAUGUAGACCCUAUAUACAUACAACCAAAUGUACCCCAGUGGUCUUUUUGAUAGCAGGCUGGGGGUGCCAUGUCGGACCUUUUAGUGACCCUUAAAGACUUUUAUUUACCUAAGUAUUGUGGGUGGGCGGGGCUAGCACAGGUCAAUCUAUGCAUCGUAAGUCAAAGUGGGCGCGACCUCGAAGAGUUUGUCCCGUCCCGCCUCUCAGGGUGCCGCAACAGUAGCUGAAACGUCCCAGUCGGACUUCCUGUGUGUUCACGCCAUGACUCGGAGGGAACACGACUGUGGGUCGGGGUUAGUUUUUAUCUCAUCACUCACUUAAAGCCUGAGUGAAGAAUGCACUACCGACCGGAAAAGAAAUAGAUGAUACAUUAUUAUGAUGCUACCUGUUGGUUGUUUGAGCACACUGCAGCUAGACUUGGAUAGUUCCACUCCUUAAUGCACAGGGUGUCAAACUCAAGGCCAAAUCUGGGCCGCAACAUAAUUUUAUAGGGUCCCACCACAUAAUUUUAAUGUGGACCGCCACUUCAUUUUAAUGGUGCCCAUCCUGAAAUUUUUACAUGGAACGCUACAUAAUCUUAAAGUGUCUCGCCACAUCAUUUUAUAGGGCCCGCCCCAAAAUUUUAACAUGACACGCUACAUAAUUUUAAUGUGGCCCGCCACAUCAUUUUAUGAGUUCCGUCAUAUAAUUUCAACAGAACACGCCACAUCAUUCUAAUGUGUCUGGCGACGACAUUUUAUGGGUUCCCGCCCCAAAAUUUUAACAUGACACGCUACAUAAUUUUAAUAUGGCCCGCCACAUCAUUUUAUGAGUUCCGUCAUAUAAUUUCAACAUAACACGCCACAUUAUUCUAAUGUUUCCGGCGACGACAUUUUAUGGGUUCUGCCAUAUAAUUUUUAAUGUGUCCCGCCCGCCACAACAUUUUAUCGUGGACGCCACUUCAUUUUAGUGGUGCCUAUCCUAUAAUUUUUUACAUGGCACGCUACAUAAUUCAAACGUGUCCCGCCACAUCAUUUUAUGGGGCCCUCCCCAAAAUUUAAAAUGACACACCACAUCAUUCUAACACACGUCAUUUUAUGAGUUCCGUCAUGUCGUUUUAACAUGACACGCCACAUCAUUCUAACGUGUCCGGUGAAAUCAUUUUAUGGCUUCUGCCAUAUAAUUUUAAUGUGGGUGGCCCGCCACUUCAUUAUAAUCGUGUUCAUCCUAUAAUUUUUACAUGGCAUGCUACAUAAUUCUAAUGUUUCCGGCCACAUCAUUUUAUGGGUUCCGCCAUAUAAUUUUAAUGUGGCCUGCCACAUCAUUUUAUUGUGGACCACCAUUUCAUUUUAAUGAGUCCCAUCCCAUAAUUUUCAAGUGACACGCCAUAUCGUUUUAUUGAGGCUCGCCAUAUUUUAUUUUGGACCGCCCCAUCAUUCUAAUGUGUCUCGCUACAGCAUUUUAUGGGGUCCGCCAAAUACAUUUUUUGUAGACUACCACAUCAUUUUGAUGUGGCACACCACAUCAUUCUUACGCAUCCUGACACAUCAUUUAUUGGGUUCCGCCACAUCAUUUUAUUGUGGACCGCCACUUCAUUCUUGCGCGUCCCGCCACGUCAUUUAUGUGGCCGACCACCCCAUCAUAAAAAAGCACUUUCUGGCUGAAUAUAUUUGCUAUUUAAAUUUUGUCAUAAAAAUGUUGCACAAGCAAUUCCAUAAGUUCUACACUUUAAUAUUAUCGGGUGUUCCAAACAUUUUUUUGGUUAUCAAAUAUAAACACAUUUCUGGGCCUCCUAGGGCAGCCAUAAUUGUGUGGCCCUGUAUAAAAAUGAGUUUGACACCCCUAUUUUAAUGCUUUAGUUACACAGGAUUCUCACAAGAAUGAGGUAACAACUGACCCAGACCCACCGUUCAUGGCUGAUUAGAAUCUGCUUUGCAUCGUGCCAAAAAGCCUACAAAUAUAUUAUAUUUCAAGUCUGAUGUCAUCACCCCUGACUGUGAUGUGUUUUGUCUCUCCUGGUGAUGACGCCAGCGUACAGCAGACAGGAAGUUCUUACAGGAGUGGAACGUGUCCACACGAUUGGCCUCUUUUGUCUCCCUGUAAAGACAAACAUGUAUGUAAGUACUGUAUGUGUGGCGGCGUCACUGGCGGGACAAAGUGUUUUUUUUUAAACAAAUGUAAUCUAUCGGGAAAUACAACACAGGUGCGGGCUAGCCUGUUAGUUUGUAACGGGUCAGAAUAAUAGUUCUGUAGUCGACCCACUGAGGACCUGCUCCAUGUCUCCAUGGUGAUGAUGAUGAUGACGAUCCUCUUUCGAAAAGAGUGAUGAGGUGAAUGUGGCGCCCUCUAGCGGCAUGCAGCGCCUCUGCGAUUGCAAGCGGACAGACGAGUGGUCAAGUCUGCCGCCACGAUUGUGCAAUAAAACUCAAGUUUAUAUUUGUAAACGUGCGCCUUGUCUUCUCUUCCUGGAGGUCGAAGGUCAAGUUUUUUUUUUUUUGGUAGGAACAAGACACCUAUUCAU